AUGAAUUCACGGGCAAAAAGGUUCAAGAUUGGUGAUGAAAAUGUUGUUAGAGGGUUAUUGGAAGAGUCUGAGUCUGAUUUAAGUUCGUUUAGUGAAUUUGAUGACACGGAUGAGGACGAUACAUACAUGCCUCCAAACUCGUCAGGUGAUAAUCAAAGUUUCAAUGAUAGUAGUGAUAUUGAUGAAAAUACUUUAGAGGUAGUUAAUAACCAUCCAAAGACCUCUAAACAAACAUGGAAUGAUAUAACGAACCAAAACCAAAAAAAUUUUUUGUUCGAAAAAAAUCCCGGUCUAAAAAUUGAAAUACCGCACAAUGCAACAAUAUGGACAUACUUGAACUUAUUUAUAACUGACGAAAUAAUUAAUUUAAUGGUUGUCGAAACGAAUAAGAAUGCUGAUCAGGUGUUAUCUAAACAUCGAUUGACUAAAGCUAGUAGAUUUUCUAAGUGGGUGCCUACCAAUGAUGUUGAAAUUAAACAGUUCUUAGGUUUGCUUAUGUGGAUGGGGCUAGUCCAAAUGCCAAGUUUAAAAGAUUAUUGGAGUGUGAAGAUGUUAUACAAAAAUUGUGUAGCAAAAAAUAUCAUGUCAAGAAAUCGAUUCGAGUUGAUUCUCCGAUUUUGGCAUUUUGCCGAUAACGACCAAGCUCCUGAAAGUGAUAGAAUUUUUAAAAUUCGAAAUCUGAUUACAAAAAUGGUUCAUAACUUUCAAAAUAUAAUGGAACCAGAAGAAAUGAUGGCUGUAGAUGAAACAAUGGUUCCAUUUCGUGGGCGAUUAAAAUUCAAACAGUAUAUUCCUGGAAAGGCGCAUAAGUACGGAAUAAAAUUAUUUAAACUUUGUGGCGUUAACGGGUAUACGUAUAAUAUGGAAGUUUAUGCAGGCAAAAGCCAAACUGAUGGAAGAGGAUUAGGUUGCAGAGUCGUUGUAGAUUUAAGUUCCAGAUAUUUAAAUUGCGGCAGAACUAUUAUAACAGAUAAUUUUUAUACAUCGCUUAAUUUAGCCAAUGAGCUAUUAGAAAAAAAUACGCAUUUAAUCGGUACAUUAAGAUCCAAUCGAGUUAAACUACCAGAUGUUACAAAAGCAAAGCUACAACCAGGACAAAUAGUAGGAAAAGAAAAUUCAAACGGUAUUGUGGUUGCCAAAUGGCGUGACAAAAGGGAUGUCACCAUGUUAUCUACUCGCCGUGACAUUUCUAUGAUAGACACAGAAACUACCAGUAAUAGUGUUACAUCACCAUUCAAAGAAGAUGAGUGUGUAGUAGAAAAUAGUUCUGUUUCAAUGAUGCCAAGCACUUGUGAUGUUGUUAAUGCAGUUGAAAAAAAUAUAGAAAAUGACAUAUCAUUUUAUGUUGGAAAGAAAUUGUCUGAAGAUGAAAAAAUUACAGCAUUGGCAAAGCUUAAGCAUCCCACUCCAGACUAUAUUUUUCCUAAAACUGGAAAAAGAAAUCUGAAAUGUCAAAUUGCAUGGUUUUUUCAAUUUAAAUGGCUUCAUUAUUCAUUUGAGCAAAAUGGUGUGUACUGUAAAACUUGUGUAUUUUUCAGUCCAAAUGAUGGUGUAGGUAAAGGAGGACAUCAGAAUCUAGGAAAAUUAGUAUUAGAAAAAUUUGACAACUGGAAGAAGGCUCAAAUCGAAAAAUGUUGA